AUGUGUGAGCAAGCGGCGCGCUACUGCCGGGAGAGCGUCCACAGGCUCCUCCGCAAACAGCAGCCGCAGCUCGGCGGGCUGGACGGGCUGCUCCGCUGGAUCGUCACCAAGAUGAGCGACCAAGCCGUGCUCGCCGAGCGGGAGAUCCUGCAGGAGGCCGCCGGCCACGCCGCCUGCCUGCCCGAGCAGCGGAAAGGCGCCUCCGUGAUCCUGGAUAUCUUCAGACGAGCUGACAAAAAUGAUGAUGGGAAGCUGUCCUUGGAGGAGUUCCAGGCCUUCUUUUCAGAUGGGACUCUUAAUGAAGAAGAACUUGAGAAGCUCUUUCAUACUAUCGAUUCUGACAAUACCAGCAACGUGGAUACUAAGGAGCUAUGUGAUUAUUUCGCUGACCACAUGGGGGAUUAUGAAGAUGUUUUGGCUUCGCUGGAAACCCUCAAUCUCUCCAUUCUUAAAGCCAUGGAUUACACCAAGAGAGUGUACGAAAGAGGAACGAAUGUGGACCAGUUUGUGACCCGUUUCCUUCUGAAGGAGACAGCCAAUCAGAUUCAGUCUUUGCUCAGCUCUGUGGAAAGCGCUGUGGAUGCUAUCGACGAGCAAACCAGUCAGAUACGACACUUUCACAGUAAAUCUGGCCACAGUGUCAUGGACACCUGGUAUGAAAACCCUGUGCCUAAUUACUCCCCCAAUAACAGAAUCAUAACCAAAGAGCGCAGAAAAAGUUUCCAGACUGCAUCUUCAGACACCAAGGAGGAGGGUUUAGAAGCUCAAAUAAACCGGUUAGCAGAGUUGAUUGGAAGACUGGAAAACAAGACUCUCUGGUUUGACCUGCAUCAACGACUGUCAGACAGCGAAAACACAGCCUGUGCUUAUCUUCUUUUGGUACGAAAUGAGAUGACUGUUUCUCAGAAGCACAUGGGAGAGUUCUGUGGCUCACUUAAGCAGUACUUGAAAAAUGUGGCAGGAGAACAGGAUUGCUUCCACGUAACUGCGGUGAGGCUGCCUGACGGAGUCACUUUCAUCGUCUAUGAGUUCUGGGAGAGCGAGGACGAUUGGAAGCGGCACCUGCAGAGUCCUGCUUGCAAAAGCUUUCAGCACGUGAAGGUGGACACGCUGACUCAGCCGGAAGCCGUCUCCAAUGUGUCUGUACCAGCUGCUUGGUGCACCCUCAACAGAGACUGA